GAGGAUUUUAUGUGGAAUGAGAAGUCUACGAGUCGACUCUUGCAUUGCAGUGAACUCUCUCCCUUUUUACGCGCCAGUCUGUUGUGUGUACUGGUGGGCAGUAAUCGGCUGAGGUGGAUAAAAGGUUAAUUCAAUCGCUAAUAUCGUUCUAUCGGCGAUAUCUUGCUUUUGCCGUGAAAUUGAACUGAGAAAUCGAGGGACUAGGGAUUCCAAGGGGUUUCACCUACAGCGGAGAAGCCAUGGCAGGUCUUAAUCGUUCCACAAGCGCUCCCAUGAAAAACGGCCUUCCUCCCCAAGAGCUCCUCGACGACCUUUGCAGUCGAUUUAUCUUAAAUGUUCCUAAAGAAGACCUAGAAUCAUUUGAGAGGAUUUUAUUUCUCAUUGAGCAAGCCCAUUGGUUCUAUGAGGACAACUCGGUGGAACAAAAUCCAUUACUGAAAUCGCUUUCUCUGAAGGAGUUUGCUUCUUUGAUGUUUAAUAGUUGUGCUGCUCUGCGGCCUUAUAUAGCACACAUUGAUGAUAUUUACAAGGACUUCACUUCCUACAAGGUUCGGGUUCCAGUAACUGGAGCAAUCAUUUUGGAUGAAUCUUAUGAACGGUGUUUACUAGUGAAGGGAUGGAAGGCUGGAUCAAGCUGGAGUUUUCCCCGUGGAAAGAAGAACAAAGAUGAGGAAGACCACACUUGUGCCAUCCGAGAAGUCUUGGAGGAAACAGGUUUUGACAUUUCAAAACUUUUGAAAAUGGAAGACUAUCUUGAAGUUACUAUUGGACAGCAGAGGGUGCGACUUUAUAUCAUUCCUGGUGUGAAGGAAGAUACUGUUUUUGCACCAAUGACUAAGAAGGAGAUCAGUGAGAUCUCAUGGCACCGCAUUGAUGAAUUUCAGCCAGCAGGCAAUGAAGUAAUAUCCCGUGGGUCCAAUGGUCUGAAGCUUUACAUGGUUGCUCCCUUUUUAGCCUCUCUGAAAGCAUGGAUUGCUGCAAAUCAGCCUCCCACUGCCCAAAAAUCCGAGGCAUCUUUCAAAGGAACAUGUGUAUGGAAGGCAAAGAACAGUUCCACAGGGGGUACAACAGCAGCAACAACAGAGGGGCAGUCAACUAGAUCUGGACUUGAAACUCAGCUGUCUGAUGUGGGCCCUGGAAAAAGCUUCAGAUGCUUCAGGUUCGAUUCUGCUUUAAUCCUACAGGCAAUGGAAGCUACAUUUUCGUCCUAACUAGAACAUUGCUCUGAUUCCUCUGUAAAGUAUACUAGGUCGAUGUUAGGUUUCAUUGUAUCAGCCAUGCCCUUAGUGUGUAUCUAUCACAAUGGUCUUUGAGGCCCAACCUUAUACGACAUUAACUGCUUCUGGUCUGGUUUGGGAGGUUGUAGAUUCUGUAUAGCAAAUGUAAAAGAUCUUUCUGUUCAAGUAGUUGCUAUUGUUAAACCGAGAGUUGAUCUAUUUAGUUUUCAUUCAAGUACUUCCUGAGUUUCUGUUAAAUGUAAUGAUUGUAAUCUUGUGAGAAAUGAUUGUGGUAUUAGCUA